AUGAACACGAAAUCUUCACGCAUCAUCGCACUAGCCACUAUACUUUCCAUCUACUUUCUUUUCAUGGCGAUCGUCGGCGUCCUCAUCUUUAAGAACAAGCUACGCUUUCGACACAAUCAACAGAUCUUUCUAACCUCCUCUGGAUACAAGCUGCUGGCCUCGGAUAUUGAACUAGCGGAUAGGGCUGAGGAAAGCGACAACGGCGUAUUGCAGCUUCCGACGGACGCAGAUGGCGGAGAAGCUCUGGACGGACGGCCUAACCUGCAACCCGGACACAAUCCAGUGCAUCGCUUGGAGGGCAACGAGAUUCGGCCCCCACCAUAG